GGCAACGGUUGGAUGCACGAUAGAAAAACUUGUGAGCAUUGGAGAGUCGUCUUCAAAACAUUCAUUCACUCAAGCCAAAUUGAGCAAGCUGCUCACUCCCUGUUCUAGCGCUGAGUACGCUGGUGGACGGUGGAUAUCAUCUUUGUCCUGUGAAACUUCCAGCUAACGGGAAAGGUGGUGGAGAUGCGCCUGUCAUUGGACUAGCAUGGGAGGAGCUGGGAGAGAUGUACUGAGACCUGGAAGAAGUGUGAGGAGCUGUGGUCUAGAGGAAGAGCCUGCAGAGAGCACAGUCCAACGUGGGAGAGACCUCGGUGGGAUGGGCUGGCAGGGGGCUCAGCCUGAAAACAACCUGAGGCCACUGUCGGUGUCUCGGGUGUGAACUGCCGGUUUGCCAAAUGCUGACUUCAUCAGUGCCAGGAAGCGCAGGUGUAAACACUGCAGCUCAGAUGGAGAGGUAUCCUGGCAGCCGGGAGCCCAGGAAUACCAGAGUCACUGUAAGUGGCGCAGCUUCCAGUCCUGCUCCGGGAAAGGCACGUCAAGGCAAAUGUAACAACCCUGCUCUGGCCGGGGAGUGUUUGCCCAGCGAAGCGGUUCCAGCUCUGCUCAGGGCCCCUCGGGUGGAACAGCUCUUCCCCAGCGAAAGUGUUACAGUUCUGCUCCGCUCUUUGGCUCCUGUGAAAGUUAUUACAUCUGGGCUCUGCUCCGGCAAAAAUGUCAAACCACACUGCACAACAAACCUCACUCAAGAGAUUUAUUGGGAAGGAAGAAUCCAGGAGAGCGGCUGCCUCAGGGGUGAGAAGCAGCGGCAAAUUGAACAGGGUGGAGAUGAUACAGGAUUGAGGGGGUGGAGCUCACCAGGGUCACCCGGGAUUGGUGGAUGUUUCUGGUCUGAUUCUGGGCUGAGCUCAAGGAUUGGUGGUGGGACUUCAUACUCAGGGAUUGGUGGAAUUUUGUGCUCAGGGACCUCAGGGAUUGGUGGGAUUCUGUGCUCAGGGAUUGGUGGGAUUCUGCAGCCUGACUCUGGGGCAAGCUCAGGGAUUAGUGGGAUUUUAGGCCCUGGUUCUGGGUCAGAUCAGGGGGUCCUUAGCCCAGGUCUUAGGUCUACUCCGGGGCACAGUGUUUUUUCCUUGGCCCUUUUCACUCUACAGUAUGGGUGGACACUGACAUCCUACUUACUCAGGAGAGUUGCUGAGACCCCUGGAUGCUGGGGCUGGAUCCUGGGGUCAGAGGCCAUUUCAGGUGGAAGCUCAUCUCCUCUUGUCCUUGGUCAUUUAAUGGGAAUGGCUGAGCUGGUAGCCUUAUUCUGGAAAAUGUGCAUUGGUACUGAUUUUCUACAACAAAACCUUUGGUGCCAGACUAUAAAUUUCAGAAAGAUGGUUUGAUUAUGACUGGUAAUUGAUAAAUUUGUCCGUCUGUGUGGGAACAUUUGAGUUGUUUCUUAUCUUUUCUUUGAUGAGUCUGAUUGUGCUAUUAAAACCAUGCUCCGGCCCCAGAGUAAUCUUUCUUGUCAUAAUGAAUGUGUCUGAUACCUUAAAGGUUGCAGGGUUGUGCAUAUAUGUGUUUUCUUAAAGUGUGCCUUCCUAUGAUAUUAAGGUGAGUGAGUAUUCCUUUGUUGAGCCUUAGGGGGUUGGGAGUAGUUAAGGUCAUUGAAAAAAUACAUGUCAAAACUUAGAUUUCCCAAUUUGGGAAAAUAAGAAAGCCAACUCUGUUAACAGAUUCCGCUUGCUGCAUCAGGAGACACGCCAGGACAGCCCAGGUGACCGCUGCCCACUCCACUGCUGUUUACUGAGUACCUAUCAUGUGCAUUUCUGAUGGUUGGACUUUUCCAAAGUCACUUGACCUAUCUGGUGGCUUCCCCUUUUCUUUAAUGCGUCCGCAUGCUCUACCCUGCCUCCUGAAUUAGAGUGCAGGACGUUGAUAAACAGUGGUGCUUCUGUAUCCCCUAGUACAUAGCACCACCUUGAUCACAGGUAUAGGCUUAAAUCGUAGGACAAGAGAUGUGGGUGAGUACGGCAACCCAAAUGACAUAAAACACAAAGGAAAAGCCAGG